AUUCUUUCAUCUUUGCAGUUUGCAGUGGUCAAAGAGAAUUUAAACACUACGUUCAGCAGUGGUUUUAUUUGUCGUCUCCCGCCUGGGUUGUAUAAAUAAAAUCUAGUCAAAUAUGGCUUGCCAUUCCAGUGAAAUAAUUUUAUCAUAUAUUUUUAUUAAUUAGUUACAAUGAGAUGCGAGGGUGUAGACUGAUGUAUUAAAUUAAUAGUAGUAAGUGGUUUACGGUUUACAUGAUGCGGUUUCAUAGACGUUGUGGUGAUAGAGUUACAUUAUUACAUGACAACAAAACGGCUGUACGAAACUUUGUGGAAUUUAAUCAUGGAUUAAUUUUGAGUGCAGAACCUUUACAAGAUGAUAUUAUAUUUGAAGUGACCAUCGAUCGAAAGGUCAAUGUGUGGAAUGGCAGCCUUGAAAUUGGUGUCACCACACUGGACCCAGAAUACAUAGAGCUGCCAGCCACGGUGACUAAGCUACGAAAUACAGCUUGGGUACUGUCAGGUAGUUCGGUGCUAAAGGAUGGAACAACACUAAUCAACUCUUAUGGACCCGAGUUAGACACGCUACGCGAAGGUGACUGCUUAGGUGUGAUGAGGACGAGUAAGGCUGAGUUGCUGUUCUUCAUAAAUGGACGGUGCUUGGGCGUUGCUGCCACUGAUCUGCCGGCGACGGUGUUUGCCGUGAUAGACCUGUAUGGGCAGUGUGUCCAAGUCACCAUCAAGUACAACACCAGUACCAUCAUGACAAGCUUAGAUCAGACCGAAACGAGUCCAAACAAUGACGUGGCAUCGAGCGUAAUGGAUUCUGAACUACUGGAUGGGCGUGACGCAGAGCCCUGUGAGGACUACGUCCAAGCUGACGAAGUUGGCGCAUGUGCUUUGGUUGAGAUAGACCGAUUGUACUUCCAUCCCAGGUGCGGAGCUCUUGUCAUAAUGUCUGACAACUAUAGAUCGGCAGAACGCGCGCAGCCGUUGGACGAUUUCAACAAUGCCGUGGUAAUGACACACCGUCCUUUGAAAGACAACGAGCUGUUUGAAAUUCGAAUAGAUUCACUUGUUCUUAAGUGGAGUGGUAGCUUAGAGAUGGGCGUUACUACCCAUGACCCCGCAACGUUGUCUUUCCCGCCGACGAUGACUAACUUGGAUUCGGGCACCAUCAUGAUGUCGGGCUGUAAGGUCUUCGUGAACGGCCACGGCACUAGCCUCGAAUACGGCAACUUUAACCUGGAUGAUCUCAGCGAGGGCGACACCGUUGGUGUGAUGAGGAAAAAGAAUGGCAACUUACAUUACUUCAUCAACGGCUUCGACCAAGGUGUAGCUGCAGAGCAGGUCGACCGGAAAAUAUGGGGCGUCGUCGAUAUCUACGGGAUUACUGUCAAGGUAUCAAUAGUAGGUCCCUGCGACGACAUAAACAUCGCCCCGCUACAUCAUACUAUCAUUGAUAUCCCGGAAGUACCUGCGAGACAUUCUGCGGCACUGAGUUCACUAACACCAAACAUAGACGAAGAUAGUCUUUUAUUUCAUACGGUGCGUGAUUCGUAUGCUGUUAUUACUAACGAUGGCAAGACUGCUAAUCGGCCUAACGCUCACACAUCCUACGACAAAGCAUUAGUGAUGACGAACCGAACGUUGAGGACCGAUGAGUUGUUCCAAGUUAGAAUUGAGCUGGUCAUACCCAAGUGGGCCGGCAGUACCGAAAUAGGAGUCACGCAGAAUUCUUCCAAAGAGAUACAAAUCAGAGAUCUGUUCAAACUAAGUCUUAUUGAACGGAAAACUUGGGUGCUUACCGAUGGUAACGUUAAACAAAAUGGCGACAUGCUUAUACAGAAAUAUAUGAAGAGUGUCAACACAUUAUCGGAGGGUGACACGAUUGGAGUUAUGCGAAAGGCUAUGGGGAUAUUACAUUUCUUUGUUAACGGCGUCGAUCAAGGCCCGGCGGCGUUUAAUGUACCGGAAAAUGUAUUCGGUGUGUUAGAUCUGUAUGGCAGAGUGGCGAAAGUAACUAUAGUACCAUCAUACUACAUGCCGCUACCGAUCACCUCGCCGGAGACUUCGACCUUGACCGAAUCCAGCACUAACACUCCGACUAUGUGCUUCCACCGUGUGCAUGGGCCAAACGCCGUGGUUUCCCGGACGAGGAUGAGUGCGCGCCGCAGUACGCCCUCGCAGCGGUUCAACGACGCGGUUCUGCUGAGCUCGGAGCCGCUCCGGGAGUGCGACAUGUUCGAGGUGCGGAUUGACGCCAUCCUUGACUGCUGGAUCGGCAGUCUCGACAUUGGUGUGACGGCAAUACGGCCGGAAGACAUGGAUGCGGAGGGCGUGGAAGUGGCGGCCACAGACCUCGAGUGCGACACUUACAUGCUGAGCGGCUCUACUCUCAUGAAGGAUGGCGUGCCCGAGCGCAGUGGGUACCCGCUCGACCUCGAACAACUCACUGUCGGCAGUAGAGUGGGUAUCAUGUGGCACGCAGAUAAAAGCAUCCAUUUCUACCUGGAUGGUAUGGAUAUGGGCGUCGCGUGGUACGUGCCUCAUUUGAAUAUAUACGCGGUCAUAGAUCUGUACGCGCAGUGUACGCAGGUGACCAUUCUGCGCAAUGACGAAAGAACAUUUAACUACAACGGGUACCCGCAGGCGGACAACCCCAUCCCUGGGCAGACUAGAACCGUUACACCGCCGCUGCCAUAUUGGAGUUUCUCCGAAUAUAGUGGUGAAAAUAUCGAGCUGAAACUCGAUUACUCUGUGGCUGUGAGAAAGACCCAGGACCCUACAAACGGUCUCGUCUUCAGCUCGGGACACUUGACUGUUGGAGAAACCUAUGAGGUGAAGAUCGACCAUUGCAAGCACAGCUACUCUGGAGGCAUCCGAAUCGGGGUCACGGACAUAAACAUACUGAACGCACAUGUUAACAGAAGUCUGCCGCCGUCGAUUGUACACUUGCCGCACUUCACCACGUACAUCGACGGUAGGUAUAUGAAGACCACUAAUGCCUGUUCCCGCGAGCACGAACUGCGCGCAGUGACACCCUCGUUCGAGUGGCUGCGGCCUGGAGACCGCGUUGGUCUUAAGAAGACUGCGGACGGCCAAGUCCUCGUCUACUACAACUCCGAACUGCUCGACACCGCCUUCGAGAAGGUUCCCGAUAAAGUGUACGUAGUGAUAGAAUUGUAUGGCUGCGUUUCUAAAAUACAAGCAGUAAAGCGAGAAAUAACCGUCGUGCCACAAACAAUCCGGAACUCGUCGCUCACUCCUCCGGCGACAGAUGCGGAGGAACACGAGCGGUCGGAGGAAACUUCUGUUUCAACAAGCUCCGUGCACCACACAGAGAGGAGGCGACGCUCGCUGCCGCUAACGUUCCACGGAGUGCACGGCACUAACAUUAGAUUAUGUAGCUCGGACACAGUCGCGAUACGGACGGCGGGCUAUAACGAUGCCAUCGCAAUCGUAAAUCAGCCGCUGGCUCGAGGACACAGCUGCCGGUUCCGCAUAGACAGAGUGGAUGAGGAGUGGAUGGGCAGCCUGGCCAUUGGUGCGCUCGUCAGCUUGCCCAAGGAGGAACUCCCUAAAAGCGCCCUACAAUUAGAGGUUGAAUCCUGGGUUCUAUCCAACCAACUGCUCUACGAUGGAUCUUAUAUACGAGCUCCAAUGGUACUGGAUCUAGAGGAGGUUAGAGAGCAGUCGGUGAUCACGCUGCACUUCAGAUUCAGCAACGACCUGGUGGUAGAACUAAACGGCACCGUUCUGGCCACCCUCGCCACAGUGCCACUCCAUCUCAACCACGUCUAUCCGGUGGUAGAUCUAUACGGGAGAGUAUGCCAGAUAUCAAUACUACUCCAUCCCUACUCCAUAAUUACUGGCAUUUCACUCGACUUACCUGCGAUAGCAGAGAGCAGAACUGGAGAAUCCCUGGCUGAGCUAGAUGAACAGAAGAGCAAGACUCCUGAAUUAAGACAUGCAAAAAGAUCACUCAGUCAGGAAUGUCUUAUCGAAAGUUACAUUACGUGUGAUCCAGGGCCGAGCAGAGCGUCACCGUAUAAAACGAAGAAGGCCGUAAGUGCCCCACCAAUGGCUAUGAUGCAUCAGAGUCUCAUAGUAACUCCGACUUGCCAAAACAGAGAGAUGGAAUACAGAUGCGUUAAGAAGAGUCACACGGCUCAUGACUUUUCGAUAAACGACUCGAACAGCAAUGCAGAUUAUGAUACGAAUAUCGAACAAAACGACAGAUACCCAGAAGCGCAUGAUGUGGACCUUGAUAAUGAAAUAAUAGAUGGGUUGACACUGGAGAGUGGCAACUUGCCCGACCUUACAGAGGAACAGUCGUCAUCUAUCGACGAGUCGAUACGGCGUGAUGAUGCAGACGCCUUGACUGCGGAGAACUUGACUUACCUGAAACGAUUGUUAAGCUUGGAAUAUGGUGAGGCCAGCUUGGAGUCGGAGUGGGAGGCAUCCGGCGAGGGUUGUGAACAUCUACAUUUGGUGCUGAAGUACUGGAACUAUCUUGUGGGGCCAUACCCUGAGCUGAGGAGGGCUGUCUCGUGGGGACAAGUCGUUUGCCAUUGUCCUAAGUGCGCGCCGGAUUCAGAAUCGAUUUACGCCGGUUGGGUGCGCUUCGAGCGUAUCGACGGUGUGGGUGCGGCUCGGCGAGGGUUCUGGCAAGUCUCGCGCGUGGUGCUCAUGGCAGCCAAGACUUCGACCGCAUCACGACCCGUGCGACCCGCGAAUUUAGCCUCCGUGCCCUCUGCGGCCAACCCCGCCGGAUGGAUGGACGAAGAAGGAAAACCGCACCACACAGAAUUGGCUCUCGAAAUUGAUAUUGAAGGGAACGACGCUGACAAAGACCGUCUUCUCGCCUUGCUCAUCUACUUGAAGCCUUUCAUGGUAUUAGCAGAUGAGGAACUUUAUAGCAGCGACGAGUGACUACCGACUCCACCACUACCAGGAACAUCACAAUUAUAAUAAUCUAGGUGCGACCCGUGCAAAAUGUUGCCUCCACCACAGCCAGGAACAUCACAAUUAUAAUGUACAAGGUGCGACUCGUGCAAAAUGUUCGCACUCGACAAUCGGUCACGUAAUCUUGAUGCGCGAUCAAAUGAAACAUUAUAAUAAGUUUGUUGAUUGCACAUUGCAUUGCAAUGUUCAUUUUGAAUUCGUAUUAUUUGUCAAUAUCAAAAUAAAUUUCGGCAAACAUUCAAAAUGGUGUCUGAGUCAUUUUAUUUGACGAAGAACUGGAAGUUAUGGCGUACCAAUGACAAAACGCCUUACGACACAAUAAAGGUUUAAGAGAUAGGUAAGUCGUAAAAUCGUAGAUGAUGUUCGAAUCAUGCCUUUAACAUAAGUGGUCCGAAACUGCCGCUAACUGUUGUGUGUAACAGUCUAGAAUAAACAACGAAUAACAGAUAACUACAAAAAUGAACACUUGCGGCGACUAGAAGUUGCACUAGAAAUAUAUAUUAUGCAUACGAAAAUACUGAGAUUUUGAAAGGAAUAUUAACCUGCAUGGUUUACUACUACUUCCAUGAUUAACUAUUUAACCCACAGGUUUACUCAAUAAUACUUUUAAUAGUAUUUUAAAAUCAUUUCACAAAGAAGACAUAUAUACCGAUAUAUUUCUAAGAAUUGGGUAUUUUAUACCGAUAAAGCGCUACGUCAGAUGGACACAUGAUCAUUACAAAAUCUUUAAAGCCCUUAUUCUUUUUUAUUUCUCAGAAAGACAAGAGUUUAUCUGUAGUUGAAAAUAAAUAAAUUUCUAUUAUUUCAACUCGCUGAAAUGUCUGCUGAAGUAGAAAUAUUUUAUAAAUAGAUUUCGACAAGUCAACGAAUCACAUGUGAUCAACUGUAUCGGCCGUCUGCUAAAAUAAUUUUUCUACCUAUUAGAAGUUAUUGCCGCGGGUUGAGACAGCAAUUACAAUAUUUCCAAACAAGCAAACAUUGGCUUUUAAACUCUAGACUUUGUAAAUAGUGAUAGUAAGAGUUUUUGAAAAUACAUCUGUAUCCGAUGUCUAGUUAGGCUACAAUCGCACAUUUCACGGUUAUGCGAAAAUAUGUUCACUCAAUUUGUUGUCUUCUAACAAAUUGUAACGGUGAACGAGUUUUUGUUCUAUUAUUUAUGGACUCCAUUAAGGCUUGACACCUAACGUCCGUUAUCGCGUUGAACACACAAAAGAGCGUCUGAGGCUUGGAUUCUGUGUUAUUAAUAAAUGCGAAGUUAAGUUAUUCCAAAUUUACAGAAUACACGACAGGGAGAAAACUUAGGGGCUGUUCACAAUGUCCAAGUAAAGUUACGAAUAGGCUACUUUCUACCCCCCUUAUUCGUAAUAGUUUAACUAACUUAAAGCAUUGCUAAUUUUCGCUCUGUCUUCUUCUAUUGACCUGUGUCAGAAUGAGAAAAAACACUCCUUAGCGGCUGUUUAAAGUUAGCGGACCAUUAUGAAUAAGGAGGUACUUAUUUAUCGAAUAAAGCAUUAUUUUAUUGUCAUUAAUUUAUCUAUCCUAUGACAAUCUGCUAUUUUUUUGGAUAUUGUGAAACAGCCGCUUAGAGAAAGCGCUAAAGCCAUCAAUUUAUCGCACGACGUCAAAUCAUAUUUCCCUAAAAUUAUAUUGCGAUAACUGGUGGCCUAACAUAUUCUUAAUAUCUGUUAAAAAAAUUAAGCCUUAAUGAAGGCCCAGUAGUUAUACUUAUAGUAGUGUAAGCUCUGACUCGAAUUUUAACUGUUGUCAUUAGAAUUGAAUACGUAGAAAUUGUGAGAUUGAUGAAAAUGCGUUUCUAGUGUUUGUAUAAUUGUAUUAAUAGCAGUUUCAUCAAUUACUGUCAUAAUAUUAUCAGUUGUUAUCCAAAUUGUGACGCUUUGGAAUCAAAGUACAACUCUAGUAUUUCUUUAAAACUAAUAUCUUAAGAAUAUUUUACUAUUUCCCUUACACACUCAUACCUUCCUCCAUACGUAUCAUACAUAUUAACAGAAAAUUUUAACCAAUCGAAAUUGUAUUAAUUCUAUUUUAAUAAAGUAUUUGAAAUAAAUAUCCA